GUAAUCAUUGUGAGAUUGCAAGAAAAGGGACUGUCACCAUUUUGUUAUGCGCAGUUCACUCCGUUUACAGCAUUACAGUGCAAUCUGUGUCUCAGUGGUAUAGUCUGACAAAUUUUACUACAGUCAUUGUCCUUAUUUUACAGAAAAAAUGGAGCAAGAACAAACUUCUUCUGUAGUUCAGCAGAUGCUCAAAAAUGGUGAACAGGUUAACCAAGAGAGUUGUACUCAAGUACAUGGUGGGUCAGAUACAAAACCACAGCCAAAGUUUGAUCCAAAUGAGGACGUUACUGCAUUGAUUAAGGCUAUCAAGGCAAAAGAGGUAGAUGAAGGAACUAUUAUUGACAUUUUAACUAAGAGAACCAACGAGCAGCGCCAGCGGAUCAAGGCUGCCUAUCAGAAAGAAACAGGAAAGUCUUUAGAAGAAGACCUCAAGAAAGCCCUUUCAGGUCAACUUGAAACCAUUAUUUUGGCUUUGCUUAAAACCCCAGCCCAGUUUGAUGCUUCUGAAUUAAAAAGUGCCACAAAGGGUCUUGGCACAGAUGAAAACACUCUCAUUGAGAUUCUUACAACAAGGACAAAUCAAGAGAUUAAACAAAUUGUUAAAGUCUACAAAGAAGAAUUUAAAACUGACAUAGAAAAAGAUAUAGCUGGAGAUACAUCUGGAGACUUUCAGAAGAUGAUGCUUGCUUUGUUGAAGGGUGAACGCAGUGAAGAUAGCUUUGUAAAUGAAGACCUUGCUGACAAAGAUGCAAAGGCUCUGUUUGAAGCUGGAGAAAAGGCAAAGGUAGCAAAUGUUUCUGUAUUCAUUAACAUUUUAACUUCUCGAAGUCUUCCACAGCUAAGGAAAGUCUUUCAGAAUUAUCGUUCUUAUAGUAAACAUGAUGUAACCAAGAUGAUGGAUCUGAAACUAAAAGGGGACAUUGAAAGCAGCUUGGUGGCUAUGGUAAAAGUUACUCAAAACAAGCCUGGCUUCUUUGCUGAUCAACUGAACUCGGCAAUGAAGGGUACUGUAACACAAGACAAAGUCCUUACCAGAGUGAUUGUAUCACGUCAUGAGAUUGACCUGAAAGCCAUCAAAGAGCAGUAUAAGAUAUUGCAUAAGAAAUCCCUUCGUGAGGCCCUCAUUGAGAAAACCAAUGGAGAAUAUGAAACUGUUCUGGUGGCUCUUUGUGGCUAUGACGACUAAAUGAUAUACAAGGAGGCCCUCGGCUUACGCUGGUUCAAUUUGCGCCAUUUCAGAAUAACAACCUUUUUUUUCAGUCAUGUGAAUGUUAUUGAAAAGCUUUGGAAAGCAAAGUACACUAAUUAAAAUAGCCAGUAGGUGAAGCUGUCCGCUUGUUUUGCAGCAAAGUUAUGCCACUUAACAGCCUUAAAUUGAUCUGUGUGCACAGAGCAGACCAGAUCUAUCUAGCAAAAUUUAGCAGGCACUUCCCUAUUAUCUUCCUGUCCAGCUGCUUGAGGUGAGGGUGUCUAACUUCUUAUUAAUUACUGCAGAUUGAAAUGCAUAGAAUAGGUGCAGAACCAAUAUUAUCUAACAUGCUAACAAUGCAGAGAACUGAUUGCAGAAAAAUGCAAGUAAAAAAAGUUUUUGUUCAUUAAACUUAGUUUGAUGAUGA